AUGUCUUCCAGUGAAGAUGAUGGAAAUCCAGAGGGCGAGCCUUUGCUCAUUGCCGACACCGAUAUCUCAUCGGAGCCGCUCCUCAGAGAUGGCCGCCAAGAGACCGGCAUCCAACCAGCCAAACCAUUAUCCAGACUCGUAUUCUAUUUCAUGGCUAUACACUUCCUGCUCGCAUUUGCGGAAAUCAUCCUAGUGGCCCCUUUGAUCCGACUUUUCGAGAAUUCCUUGUGUCUUUCCCACUAUGGAUUCCCGAUCGGAGGGGUCGAAGAAGCGUUGUGCAAGAUAAAGGAAGUUCAAAGGCCUCUUGCUACGAUUAGAGGAUGGAAGUCUACUUUUGAUACGAUUCCAGUUCUACUUGUGGCGAUCCCAGUUGGGAGAUUAGGCGACCACCAUGGGAGAAGGCAGAUUAUGGCGAUGGCCCUCCUGGGAGUCGUUGGAUCAUUAGUGGAGAUAUUCGUUGUUUGCGCUUUUCCAAAAACCUUCCCUCUUCGACUCGUCUGGCUCUCCUCGGCUAUCCUGUUAUUCGGUGGAGGUCUGAACUCAGCAUCUGCGUUCAUGUGGGCAAUGGUGACUGAAUCGAUCCCAUCAGAGGGAAGGAGCCAUGCAUUCUACUACAUAUUCUCCGCUUUCUACGUCGCAGAGCUCAUCUCUUCAUCCAUUGCCUCCGUCACCCUGGAUAUAUCCCCUUGGAUACCUUGUGGUCUCGCAAUGGGAUCCAUCGUGGCUUGUCUCGCUCUGCUAGCACUGAUGCCCGACCCUCGUGCCCACUCCCAGAACUCCAGACAAGAAGCACCCGCCUACCCCUUAGAGAGCUUAAUGGGGCAAUCGUCAGUUAAAGGCCUCUUCUCUGCCCUCUCGAACCGCAACAUCCAGCUUACCAUCCCCGUCUUCCUUGUGGGCAUAUUUCGCUACGCCAUGCUGAACAUAUUGAUCCAAUACGCUUCCGUUCGCUUCGGACUAAGGAUCUCCACCGGAGCUACAUUCUACACUGAGACUGCCGUUGUCAAUAUUUUUCUGUUCUCGUUCCUCGUCCCGCAACUCACUGCACAUAUCCGCCAUCGAUUUAAGGUCCAGCCGCACGUCAUCGAUCUCUUUCUGGUCCGGACCAGUGUCGCCUUGAUGUGCAUCGGCUGCCUUGCCAUUGGAUUGGCUCAAACCAGCGCGUUGCUACCAUUUGGAGUCCUCGUCUUCGCAGCCGGCUUCGGCAGUCGCGUCUCCGCCCUCGCACUUGUCUCUAGCUGGGUCUCCGACGACUCCAAAGCCACCAUGUUCGCCGGCAUAGUCGUCCUCGAGAGUCUCGGCCACGCGGUUGGUGAUCCGGCGAUACAGCAGAUUUUCGCUGCCUCGCUUCUGCUGCCGCCGUUCUGGAUGGCGAUGCCAUUCUUUGUCGGUGCUGGACUCUAUUGCAUUGCACGUGUAUCCUCGUCGUUUAUCCGGCUUGAGAGAUCCGUCGGAGAAGAUUCUGGAGAACUGGUCUCUUCUCCUGAGAUUGGACAAGCUUGA